AUGGCGAGCCUUCGCGCCACAGCCUGCUGUCGUUUUGGCGGGAACCGCGGCCCCGGUGUGUUGCCGAAUGGCCGCCUCGUGUCAUCGCGCCGCUUUCAGUGUGACCUUUUAAGAUUCCUUCAUCACCGGCUCCAGCUGAGGGUUGGAGUCCUAACUACAUGCAGCGAUGGACAGUGGAUACAAGAGACGCAAGAUCGCGUCCCGGCAUAG